AUGUGGUCAAUCAAAGUUAUCCCAAGCCAAGGAGUCAAAGAUAAGAGUCAGGCGGUAACACCGUCAGAGACCGAGGAGCCAGAUGUGGUGACUACCGUUAUUGGCAACUAUGGACGUUGGCAAUUGCUGAUGACCUUCCUACUAUCUCUAUUCUCGUUGCCUUGCACCUUUCAUAUAUACCUGCCUACGUUUACAGCAGCAGUUAAAAAAUUUUGGUGUAAGAGGCCGGAAAAUUUAUCAAGUUUGCCAGUAGAUGUGUGGAUUAAAUACAGUCAACCGUCCGAUGCUUGUACUGUCCGCCAGCUACCCGAUAACAUCACAGCAGACAUUAUAUUGAAUGGGACUUCAACUAUCAUUGACGCCUUCCAAAAAUGUACAGAAUGGGAAUACGAUAUGUCUGAAGUUGGAUACACCAUAAUUUCGGAAUGGAACUUAGUUUGUGAUAGAGAGUACCUCACAAGUUUGACCGAUUCCAUGUUCUUGAUAGGAGUUGGUGCUGGUGGAGUUGUAGGGGGGUGGAUAUCAGACAAGUUUGGCCGCAAGAAGGUAUUGAUGAGCAUGAUGAUUGCACAAAGUUCACUGGCCAUCCUGUCUCUUUUGGUUCGAUCGUUCAUUCAGUAUCUAUUAGUGCGACUGGUUAUGGGCUUUGUCUCUGUGUCGGUGGUAUAUGCAGCAUUCGUAUUAUCUGUAGAACUGGUCGGAGGAAAAUGGGUGACAAUUGCCGGAGUGUGUAACUUCUUUUGGUUACCCUUAGCGUACAUCGUGGUGUCUUUACUGUCGCUCCUUAUGCCCAACUGGCGUGACUUGCAGCUUAGUCUAUCUGUACCUGGAUGUGCGCUCCUGAUGUUAUGGUUUGUUUUGCCAGAAUCACCAAGGUGGCUAAUGAGCAUGGGAAAAACCCAAGAAGCAAAGAUUAUAUUAGAAAAGGCUGCCAAAUUUAAUAAACAGGAAAUACCAGCAGACAUAGAUAAGCUUCUAAUGUUAUGUAAAACAGACAGUCAGGAGGAAGGACCUAGUGUUAAAAUGAUUUUCCAAGGAGCUCUAAGAAAGAGAACAAUAUGCUUAUUCAUCACGUGGUUUUCAAUGACUAUUGCGUAUUAUGGAUUGUUGUUGAACAUUGGCAACUUUGGUUUGGGCAACUUACAUGUCACUUCUAUAAUUUUAGCAUCAGUUGAAUUACCAGCUAUUGCUAUUAGUAUCCCAAUACUCUUGAAAGCAGGAAGGCGAAUUCCCAUAUUUAUCAGUAUGUCAAUGUGCGGAUUGGCAUGUGUUGCCAGUGAAUUAUUGUCGAUGGUAUUUGAUGAAGAAUGGAUCAUGAUCGCUUGCCUUAUGUUAGGGAAGUUCGCGAUUGGUUCUACUAACAUGAUGUUACCAAUAUUCACUGUAGAAUUAUAUCCUACGGUCGUGAGAAACCUAGGCGUUGGAGCGAGUCAGUUGGCUUCAGGUCUCGCUCUUGCGAUUAUACCAUAUUUAUGGAAACUGGCGAUUUUCAACCAACACGUGCCCAUGAUGAUGCUAGCAGGGUUGGCGGUCCUCGGUGGCGCUAUUGUGCUCAUCCUACCAGAAACUGCAAAGCCGCAAGAAUCACAAGUGACUAAAAAUAGAAAGCAAACGAUCGAUAGUUCUACGCGGCAAGACACGUUUACAAUUACAGACGACAGAGGGCACUAG